ACAUAUGUAUACACACCCGCAAUUAUUUCUAUUUCCAUGGUGGCAUGGCAUGUGUUUGCUCACGCCACGUGUCCGUCCCCUACAGGAACCGGUCAGCUGCCGCCUCCGGAGCAACCCAUCAUCUCUGCUGCUUCCAAUUCCACCAUUUCAGGGACACCAAGAGAUCACAAAUCAAAGUGCUCGAACGGCGUCGUCUUAGGUCAGUUGUCAGUUUGGUGUCUUCAAGACCCUUUUCCGUUUCACAUGGUUCGGACUCUCCUCAGUUCCAUGACUCAUCGAACUCGCCUUGGAUUGGCCCACUUCCUGGGGAUAUUGCAGAAGUUGAGGCUUACUGCAGAAUCUUUAGAGCCGCUGAACAACUUCAUAAUGCAUUAAUGGACACAUUUUGCAAUCCAUUGACCGGAAGGUGCAGUGUUUCAUAUGAUGGCGUGUCAGAUGAUAAUCCAUUAUUGGAAGACAAAUUAGUGUCCGUUCUUGGUUGCAUGAUAUGUCUCCUGAACAAAGGAAAAGAGGAUGUUAUUUCGGGAAGAUCUUCCAUUAUGAAUGCAUUUCACGACGUUUCAGAUGUUAAUGUAAUGGAGGACAGGCUUCCGCCCCUUGCCCUUUUUAGGGGCGAGAUGAAAAGGUAUUGUGAGAGCUUACAUGUUGCUCUCGAAAACUAUUUGAUGCUUGAUGAUAUUCGAAGCUUGGAGGUAUGGAGUAAAUUGCAGAGGCUGAAGAAUGUUUGCUAUGAUUCUGGCUUUCCCCGCAGGGAUGGUUAUCCGUGUCAUACAUUGUUUGCAAACUGGAAUCCUGUUUAUUUGUCUACCUCAAAAGAUGACAAGGAAUCUACAGAUUCCGAAAUUGCUUUUUGGAAGGGUGGCCAGGUAACAGAAGAAGGUCUGGGGUGGCUAAUGGAGAAAGGAUUUAAAACGAUCGUAGACCUCAGAGGAGAGAUUGUGAAGGAUAAUUUCUAUCAAGCAGCAUUAGAUGGUGCCAAUUUGUCGAGGAAAGUUGAACUGGUCAAACUUCCGGUUGAAGUUGGCGCUGUGCCCUCAAUGGAGCAGGUCCAGAAAUUUGCAGCAUUAGUGUUGGAUUCAACCAAAAAGCCCAUAUAUCUGCAUAGUAAGGAAGGAGUGAAAAGAACUUCUGCUAUGGUGUCUAGAUGGAGGCUGUACAUGGCUCGCCAUGCAUUGCAGUCUGUCUCCAAUCACACAGCCACUCCGGUUGACAUUAUACCACGAGAUACAAGACGAAUGGUAGAAUUUGACAUCUCAUCAAACUUAAAAGAAGGUACAGAGAAAGUGGGUAAGACUCAUAGUUCCGCUCUAGAGUUUACCAAACAAGCCUAUCCGGUCUUAGAAAAUAAAGAUCAGAACAGCAAUGGGACCUUUGACGGCGUUGUCUCUCAUCAAGAAAUCAAAUUAAUAGAAACACUUGCCGAUAAUGAAGUAGGAUCUCUAAUGGAGUUCUGCAAUGAAGUGAACCCUCUCGAGUCCCAGCUACCUCCUUGCAAUGUUUUCUCCAGAAAACAGAUGUCCGGGUUCUUCCGAAAUAAGAAGAUUUCACCUCCCACUUACUUUAAUUAUGAGCGGAAAAGAUUGGAGACAUUAUCUGAUUCGAGAAAUAAUUAUAAUGGGACAAUUCUGCAGAGUGAAGUCAUUGAGACCAGUCCCGAAUCAAGGCAUAUGGAAGCGGGGAGUUCAAAUGGAUCACUGAGCACUAAGAAGUCUUCAAAGCCUCAGAGUCGUCCAUUUAGUAAUGGGACAUAUCUAGGUCGUAAUGGUUAUGUUUCCUCUGCUCUCUCUUUGAAUGGAUCCGGUAAAAGGGAAAGUCAUACCAUUAGUGAAAUAGAUGAGCUUCAGAGUGUAAGAAAGGAAUUAAAUAAACAUGUUGUGUCUACAACCGUCAGAGAGGAGAAGAGGAGCAACACUGAAGACUCCACAACUUCGGGUGACGACGAGUUGGGGAUGAUUGAAGGAAAUAUGUGUGCUUCCACAACCGGUGUCGUGAGGGUGCAGUCAAGAAAGAAAGCAGAGAUGUUCUUAGUUCGGACAGAUGGAUUUUCCUGCACCAGAGAAAAGGUAACAGAAUCUUCACUGGCUUUCUCGCAUCCUAGCACCCAGCAGCAGAUGCUUAUGUGGAAAUCUACACCAAAAACUGUAUUAUUGUUGAAGAAAUUGGGCCAAGAACUCUUGGAAGAAGCUAAAGAGAUUGCCUCUUUCUUGUAUCGCCAAGAGAAAAUGAUUGUUCUUGUUGAACCUGAUGUACAUGACUUAUUAGCAAGAAUCCCAGGUUUUGGGUUUGUUCAAACCUUCUACAGUCAGGAUACCAGUGAUCUUCAUGAGAGGGUUGAUUUUGUCGCCUGCUUGGGAGGAGACGGGGUUAUACUUCAUGCCUCAAAUAUAUUUAGAGGUGCUGUUCCCCCUGUUGUAUCAUUUAAUCUUGGAUCCCUUGGAUUUCUCACUUCUCAUUCCUUUAAAGACUAUAGGCAAGACUUGAGAGAAGUCAUCCAUGGGAACAACACACUGGAUGGUGUUUAUAUAACUCUUAGAAUGCGUCUUCGGUGUGAAAUUUUUCGAAAUGGAAAGGCUAUGACCGGGAAAGUAUUUGAUGUUCUAAAUGAGAUCGUGGUUGACCGAGGUUCUAAUCCGUACCUCUCCAAAAUUGAAUGUUAUGAACAUGACCGCCUUAUAACUAAGGUUCAAGGAGAUGGAGUCAUAGUUGCCACGCCUACUGGAAGUACAGCUUACUCUACAGCUGCCGGAGGUUCCAUGGUGCAUCCAAACGUUCCUUGCAUGCUUUUUACACCAAUCUGCCCGCACUCCCUCUCAUUCAGACCUGUCAUUCUUCCAGAUUCUGCACGACUUGAAUUAAAGAUCCCGGAGGAUGGACGGAGUAACGCAUGGGUGUCGUUUGAUGGGAAGAGAAGACAACAACUCCUAAGAGGAGAUUCCGUCCGUAUAUCUAUGAGCGAGCAUCCACUUCCCACAGUCAAUAAGUCUGACCAAACGGGCGAUUGGUUCCAUAGCUUGGUUCGUUGCCUUAAUUGGAACGAGAGGGUAGAUCAGAAGGCCCUUUGAAGCCUCUAAGAACGAGUUUCAUACUGGUCUGAGAUUCGUGUAAAUUACUGUACAUAUCAUCAGUUACAAAAGAAUUACAGAUGAUCCAGCUUAGAGAGAGUUAUUAUCAGUUACAAAAGAAUUACAGAUGAUCCAGCUUAGAGAGAGUAUAUUUUUCUUGCUCCACAUUGGCUCCCAUAUAUUAAAGUAGGGUCUGCCAUUUUUUUUUUUUUUUUUUAUCCCUCUUUAUUCUUCAAUUUUCUCAUAUUUCAAAAUUUGGUAAGAAAUAUUUAAACUAUAUUACAAUACGACACCAUUUUGUAAUAUAGUUUAAAUAAACUGUCAAUUCUGUUAUUGCCAUGUGGGUUUGUAUAAACAGUAUUUUGAUUUAGCAGCAGUUUUUGUAUAAUAAACAAUAUUUUGCUCAA